CAGUUCUUGCGAAAACGGACACAUCCAGUUCUUGCGAAAACGGACUCCCAUAAAACCCAAAAACACUUUUCAAAUUCCGAUUGCUGUCCAAAUCGAUCAAUUUUGCGUAACGGAUUUACACUCCUGAUACCAUCGCAUAUACGUCUUUCUUCUUCCCUGACAUUAUUAUUAUUGUUAUUAUCCCUCUUUUAAAAAAAAUCCACACAUCUCAUAGUUUCCCCUCCCCUUGUCAAAUUCUCAAAAAUUAGGGUUUUGUUGCACAUUUUUAUGGAUGGAAUCACUGCAAACCAGAGUAGAAUCAUGGAUCAGAAAUCAUAGAAACAAAAUUCCCAAAGUUUCGUGGCCGACUCAAUUGAUUUCAUGGCCAUGGAAAAAUGAUAGAGAACAGAAGAAGAAACUUCACGAAGAGUAUGAAAGAAGAAGGAAACAGUUACAAGAUCUUUGUCAUGCCGUGAAAGUUGAAUCCGUUUCUGAUUUACAAGAUGUUCUUUGUUGUAUGGUUCUUUCGGAAUGUGUUUACAAGAAGCCAGCUGCAGAGAUUGUUCGAGUAGUAAACAAAUUCAAAGCAGAUUUUGGGGGACAAAUUGUUUCUCUUGAGCGUGUGCAACCUUCUUUAGAUCAUGUUUCACACAGGUAUCUAUUGGCAGAAGCAGGUGACACAUUAUUUGCUUCAUUCAUUGGCACCAAACAGUACAAGGAUAUUAUGGCCGAUGCAAAUAUACUGCAGGGUGCCAUAUUUCAUGAGGAUGUUACAGAAGGUAUCGAAGGAGAUGAAGAACCUGUAGAUACUCAAGAUAAAAAUGGAGAACCACCUAUGAAGCCGCUAAAAGCUAAAGCUAACCAGCUGAAGCCAAAACCGAAACCUGCCGCCCAUCGGGGAUUCUUGGCUCGCGCGAAAGGUAUACCGGCGUUGGAGUUAUACAGGUUGGCACAGAAAAAGAACCGGAAGCUUGUUUUGUGUGGACAUUCACUUGGUGGUGCGGUAGCAGCACUGGCUACUCUAGCCAUUCUGAGGGUUAUUGCUGCUUCGUCUCCAUCCAAGGAAAAUGAAAGGAUUCAGGUCAAAUGUAUCACUUUCUCACAACCCCCAGUUGGAAAUUCAGCUUUGAGAGAUUAUGUUCACAAAAAAGGAUGGAGGCAUUAUUUUAAGACAUACUGUAUCCCUGAAGAUGUAAUACCCCGUAUACUGUCUCCUGCGUAUUUUCAUCACUAUAAUGCGCAACCGUCAGAACUUCCUGUCGAUUUGGGAAGCACUGAUUCAUCAUUUGCAAAAGGAGAAAAAGGAAUUAAAAGACCAAGAGAAGGGAAACUGAAAGAUAAUGACGGUGAGCAGCUUGUGAUAGGUUUAGGCCCUGUGCAGAAUUCCUUUUGGAGACUUUCAAAGCUUGUGCCAGUGGAGGCUGUAAAGCAACAAAUUAAUAAGUUUAGAGGAAAAAAUAUCCUACCAGGAGAAAUAUCUCCAUCGAAUGAUAAUGGCAUGACAUCACUUAUAGAUGAAAUAGAUGCUGCACCACAGUCGCUUGAAAUUCAAGAGGGAUCUGAUGGGGUAUCUCUUAAACCAUUGCCCGCUACAGAUAAUGAGUCAUCUGAUCUUACAAAAAGUGCCAAAAUAGUAGGAAAAAGCAACACUGAAAUUGGUAACUCUAGAAGAUGGCGCAGAAUUCCUUCUCUGCCUUCAUAUGUUCCAUUUGGACAGCUUUAUCUCCUGGGUAGCUCAUCAGUGGAAGCACUAUCUGAUGCUGAAUAUUCAAAAUUGACAUCGGUGAAGUCAGUGAUUACAGAAUUGAAGGAGCGUUUGCAGUCACAUUCGAUGAGGUCAUAUAGGUCCCGCUUCCAGAAAAUUUAUGACUUGUGCAUGUGUGGUAGUUCUCCCUUCUUGGGAGUUGAGCAGUUACCACAUUUACAACAAUGGCUUGGUGUCACACUUGCCGGUGCUGUAGAACUAGGACGUAUUGUAGAUCCUCCUGUGAUUCACACUGCAACAUCCAUUGUUCCCCUCGGGUGGAGUGGUAUUCCUGGUGGGAAGAGUGGAGAACCUUUAAAAGUUGAUAUUGUUGGUCAUGGAUUACAUCUUUGCACACUAAUUCAAGCUCAAGUAAAUGGUAACUGGUGCUCAACAACGGUAGAAUCAUUACCUUCAAUGCCAGCUUAUUCAUCAAAUCUUGGAUUACAGCCAGAUUUACAGAAGAUACGGAUCAUAGUUGGAGCCCCGUUUAGACGCCCUCCAAAGCAUCCGAUAGUAACUGAUCAGUUGAUGCCGGAUUUCCCAUCUAUCAAUGCCGAAUCUGUUGGUCCCAGUAAGCAGUAUGAUAUCAGAUCAUUUCAUGAGAGGGGAAGCCUUCUUCCUGAAGGUCUGACUGACCUUGUGAUAUUUUGUACAAGUGACUUCACCACUGUUUCCAAGAAAGUUUACGUCAGAACUCGUAUAGUGAAGUUUGUAGGUCUUGAGGGGGCUGGUAAAACUUCUCUAUUUAAUGCCAUAUUGGAUCAGACAAGAGCACUCGCCACCAUCAGUCUUGGAAGUUCGGAUUUAGAAAUGAAUUCUGAUGAAGGCAUUGCGGGCGGUCUGUGUUAUUCAGAUUCUUCUGGAGUCAAUUUGCAGGAGUUAAACUUGGAAGCUGCCCGUUUCAGAGAUGAAUUGUGGAUGGGAAUUCGUGAUCUUAGUCGUAAAACUGAUUUAGUUGUUCUCGUACAUAACCUCUCCCAUAGGAUACCACGGUCCCAGCAAUCUAGUGCUUCACCACCAGCCCUUUCGCUUUUGUUGAAUGAGGCGAAAUCUCUUGGUGUCCCUUGGGUCCUUGCUGUAACAAACAAAUUCUCAGUUAGUGCACACCAGCAAAAAGAAACAGUUAGGUCUGUCAUACAGGCAUACCAAGCUUCCCCAAGCACAACAGAAGUUGUCAAUUCCUGCCCUUAUCAUCUGCCUGGUACUGAUAGUUCUCCUCAACCGUGGGGUGCAUCAGAUAACGGAGACACAAAAGUGACAACGGCAGCACAGAAGCUUGUUUUUGCUCCUAUGAAUCUUCUCCGGAUGCCGUUUCAAAAGAAAUCCCAAGUUUUGCCUGUGGAGGGUGUAAAUGCUCUUUGUCAACUUGUACAGCGGGUUCUUCACAGCCAAGAAGAGGCUUCUUUCCAGGAAGUUGCUAGAGAAAGACUUUUGAUAGAAUUAGCAAGACAACAUGCAUUAACAGCAGAUGCGACUAGAGAUGGUCAGGGCAAAGGAAGUUCAAUAACUGCUGCUGCUGUUGGUGCAUCUCUUGGUGCUGGCCUAGGGCUUGUUCUUGCUGUUGUUAUGGGAGCAGCCUCUGCCCUGAGGAAACCCUAAGAAUUUGGAUUACCAGGACAGUAAUGCUUCAGUGUUUUAUGAAGUUAGGUUCAAACAUUUGUUCCAAAAAAAAUUGGUCCUUUGGACAUUUAUUGAUUGUUUUAUGUUAAUCAGUAAAUAACAGAAGGAACAGUGUUAUGAUGAAUUUAUGCCCUGUGAUUCAUACAUCUACUGUACAGACAGGGCAUGUAUCUAUCAUCUGAAAGGGGUUACUAUCAGUCCGAUGUCUGCUGGAAAACCCAAGCUGGUUCAGUGUCAUGUAAUUUAUUGCUGUAAAUGAGAGCUAGUUUCUGUAGUUAAAACUUAAACGUAUUAGAUAAGUUGACAUUUUAUUUGGUUUGAUAAACAAGCGAAGAAAUUUUGUAUAACCAUAGUUCAGCAGAGAACAUGGUAGAUUUUUUAUGCUAUAACGAUUACAAUAUCAAAGUAA